CCGAGAAUUCAAUACGCCGGACACGUGGUAGCGAACUGCAAGGAAUUUGAGGUGUCCGAAGAAACGUCAGAAAAAUUGAGAAGUUUGCAGGACCUAGAGCAAUCCCUUAGGAUGAAGUUGAGUCUUAUCAAAGUGGGUAAUGGUUGUCGCCUAGGAAAAAUAAAAAACCUGGGUAAAACCAGAGACCACACCAUGGACAUUCCAGGCUGCCUCCUGUACACCAAGACCGGCUCGGCCCCUCACCUGACCCAUCACACGCUGCAUAAUAUCCACAGGCUUCCUGCCAUGGCUCAGCUUACACUCUCAUCACUGGCAGAACAUCAUGAAGUCUUGACAGAAUAUAAGGAAGGAGUUGGGAAGUUUAUAGGCAUGCCAGAAUCACUCUUGUACUGCUCCUUGCAUGAUCCGGUCAGCCCCUGCCCAGCUGGUUACGUAACAAACAAGUCUGUGUCUGUGUGGGGCGCUGGAGGACGAGUGGAGAUGACUGCUUCCAAAUUCAUGGCAAUUCAGCAGGCGCUUCAGCCAGACUGGUUCCAGUGCCUCUCAGACGGAGAGGCAUCUUGCGCAGAGGUAACCUCCAUAAAAAGAGCCAGAAAGUCUGUUGACCGAUCGCUUCUGUUCCUGGAUAGUUGCCUGCAGCUGCAGGAGAAGUCAGAGGUCCUUCAGAAAAGUUUGAUCAUUGGAGUGAUUGAAGGUGGAGACGUGAUGGAAGAGAGGCUCAGGUCAGCACGAGAGACAGCCAAGCGGCCUGUAGGUGGCUUCCUUCUGGAUGGCUUUCAGGGGAAUCUGAUGGCCACAGAGAUAGGACUACACUUGCUGUCAUCGGUCACUGCGGAGCUCCCGGAGGACAAACCAAGGCUCAUCUGUGGUGUUAGCCGGCCGGAUGAGGUGCUUGAGUGCGUUGAAAGAGGAGUGGACCUGUUUGAGAGUUUUUUCCCUUAUCAAGUGACAGAGCGGGGGUGUGCCCUGACGUUCAGCUUUGAUUUCCAGCCGAAUCCAGAGGAAACAUUAUGGCAACAAAAUGGGACACAAGAAGAAAUAAAAUAUCUGGAUCAAACAGAGAAAAUUAAAACAACUGAUUGCACCCAAGAAAUGACAUCAUUUGAAAUUAAUCUGAAGGAAAAAAAGUACCAGGAGGACUUUGACCCGUUGGUGAGAGGGUGUCCCUGUUACUGCUGUAAGAAUCACACUCGUGCGUAUGUCCACCAUCUGCUGGUGACCAAUGAGCUGCUGGCCGGCGUCCUGCUUAUGAUGCACAACUUUGAACAUUACUUUGGAUUUUUCCACUCUAUCCGGGAAGCACUAAAAAGUGACAAACUGGCCCACUUGAAAGAGCUCAUCCUCAGGCAAGCAUUUUGAGACCUAGCAAACACAUCUGACUUAACCUGAAGCCAGAACCAGUGUUACGCAUGGGAAGAAGAGAGAAAGAAAAAAGAUGUGCCCAGUCAGGAGUAGCCUACCAAACUCCUUCCCCACAAGGCUCAAGAGAUUUCUUCUACAGGCUUAAAUGACCUGGAUUGAUCAGAAGAUUUGAAGCAUGACCUUUAACAUUUCUCUUUUAGUCAAUAGAAGAUUCGUUUAGUCAUGAAAGACAAAAUCACUAGACACGAGCGGACGGCCUUGAAGUGGAGAUGCUGAGAUUCUGGGGGUCCACUGAGUUGGGUUGGAGAUUGCAGGUGGAUGACUGGUCGUGAGUAGCAUGACCCCUGCGGACACAUGCCUGUUGACAAGAAGGAAUCUGGCUGAGUCUUGAGUUUUCUUUUGAUCCUUAAAUUCUCAGAGGGCUCUUUUGGACACUUCUGUCUUCCAAGCAGCCAGCCGUGGCAGGACAAUCAAUGAAACGUCUCUUGUGACUUCACCAGCAUUGCAUCUCUCUGGAAUGUGGGCUCAUACAUUGCUCCUCUGAUCAGUUGGCCCAGGUCACAUGCCUUCAUUUGGCCACAUGGUUAAUUGUGACUUGUCUCCCUAGAGCUGAUGUAAUUGCCUAUUAGGAGUUGAACAUUUGCUGGGCUGCUUUCCUCUGGUCAUACAGACCCACCAUGGCCUGUCCUCCAGCCUCAUCAAUGGUCUAACCCCGGAGUGACUGGCCCCAUCUCUUGUGGAGAUUCAUUCGCAGUGUGUUCACUUGGACUGAGCCCUGGCCUGGCAAUUACAGCAUCAGCCUUCAGUCCUACUCAGCCGUGACACCUGGGCAGGUCACUUAGCCUCCCCUUGCCUAUUUCCUCCUGGAUAAAUGGGGACAGAGAUAGUGGAUAGGACUACCGGUAAAUGAACUUCUAAGAUUCCGUCUAGCUCUACAAUUUGGGAAACAGAAACUGUUUUAGAUUAGAAUCAUAGCCUUACUUGUCCUGUGUGUUUAUUGAUGGCCGUUGGCCUGGUGGAGAAUGCAGCAGGGCCAGGAAUCAGGCAGCAGUAGAUAUUGAGAGCCUAAAAGGAGAUUGGCCUGUACAUGCUGAAGUGUGUAGUAAAUUGGCCUCAGCAGAUCCUGAGGCUGGGAAGGCCUCCCAUAUUAUCUCCAAAUGUGCAAGUUUUUUUCUGCUCUUGCUAUAGGAGUGACAUUUGUGUUGUUGGCAUGUCAGGUGAUUUUUAUUUUCUUUGUGCUUUUCUAUAUUUUUCAUGUUUUCUGUAAAGAAUACACAUACAUGCACACACAGUUUUUGUAAAAAUAUCACAAAAGCGAAAAGAUGCUCUUUUUAUGGGGGGAGAAAUGCAUUUGUUUUACAUUCUUGUACUAUGUUUUGCUGUUCCUUAUUUCAGUGGGCAUUACUGAACAUUGCUUUAAAUUAUUAUGUACUUACUAUGUUUUUAUGUGUUGGGAGCCCAUCUAUAUGGUUCUCUUUUAUUAGUGGUAGUCAUAAGUUUUGAAUUCAUGGAAAUUCCUAUAACCCCUCCUCCAUGAAUGGCAAGGGGUACUUACAGAAGACAAAGUUUCUGUUCUCAAGGAUCGGAUUAUUUUGAAAUGUAACUGGAUUGGAUAUGUUCAAAUGUUCAUAUUACUGUUCAAUGCCAAAUCCAUUGAGUUGGAGGAGUAUCAAUAAAUAUUCCAGAAUCCAUACAAAAUUUAUAACUUUUAUUUAUGUCCAAAACACUGAAAUUUCUGCCCAACAUUGUUUGAUUUUCUGGGUCUUUUUAUUGUUAACACAUUUGAAAAAAGUUUCUUUCCUUUAAUGUAAUAAAUCUAUUAAAGGCAACAGCCAAUAAACAUUUUUAAUUUAAAAAGUUCAUUGUGUAUUGCUUUCCAUAAAUGGUAGUGAGUCUAUUAAACAAAAUAUUAAAUUUCCAUGGCGCCAGAAAUCUUCUAGAGAUUUCUCAUUGGAAAAUAACAUUUUUCUACAUUGAUUCCAUCUGUGGACAUUGUUUAAGAGCACUUAUGCUAAAUGCAGAAUCCAAAAAAGAGACGUUAUUUAGUUACACAUGUUAUGAAGAUUCCCUUGCCUGUCCCUUUAAAGUAUGUAAUUGAAGGCCUUAAGGCCUUGUAGCAGAUAAUAAAAAUAAUGAUAACCACAAUCAAUGGAGUGUUGCUAAUGUGGCAGGCUCCUCAGUAGAUUCUUUCCAUACGUGGCUCACUGUCCCUUGGAACCUUACGGUGAGGUCCAGGUAUUAAUGGCCCUGUGUGACAGAACUGAGCUUCUGAAGGCUGAGUAGACAGUUCCCAGAUUCCACUUCAGUGCUGUCUAAUCAAAGCUCAGCUGUUGACCAUUGCCCUAAG